AUGCCUGGCUUAAAUUCAUCUGUUCGGCGCUUUGAUCGCACCAACAUCCCAGAAGAUGUCUGGGGUGCUCUACGGGACAGGGACAACGCUGCUCGCGCAAAUGUGAUCCUUCCACAUGCCGAAAAGGUUUCCAGUCAUCAAGAGUUCCUACCCGGUUCCGAGCAGCUUUGGCUGGUCUACUCGGAGCCUGCAACUUCUGACAUCAGAUUUAUACUAUCCUGCACGGAGGGACCAUUGGGCAAAUACCCUAUUUUUAUUAUUCCCGUAGCCCCCAUUCAAUUGGCUUCUGAACUCCUCCAAGGCCCCAUGGAGGCGUUCUGCGAGCCGCUUCUGAACGAGGCUGACUUCAGAAGGCAGAGGGUCUUUUCUGUCUUUUCUGUUGAACCAGUCUCCAGAGCUUUCGCUAGCGCAUGGGAGAAAAUCGCAGAGAUCAAGUGCAUUAAUGAACCAUACUACGAUGCAUUUUUUUCGGCGUGUACUCCUGAGACGUUUGUCCGCGAUGGCUCUCAACCAGUGGAUGAGGUCAUUGAGCUACGUCUUGCUGUGCCACAGGAUGCCAAGAAGAUUCGUGACUUGUGUCAAGAAUUUUCCGAGACUUCGAAGCCAUUCACUCUCUCUUCCGAACAAGCUUCUAAAGAGGCUAGGCUCAUGAUUCAAAACGAGCAAGUCUGGGUAUACGAGAUCAAAGAGGGAGAUGAAGAAACUGAUAUCGCAAGUAUUGUCGCUGCCACGCGGCAGUCACACACUGUUGCUGCCAUCACAAAGGUCUACACGCCAGAGAAGUGGCAGCAUAAAGGACGUGCUGAAAGGUUGGUUCGCCGUGUCUGCAGAGAGUUGUUGAAGACGCAUGAGCAAGUUGUGUUAUACGUUGGCGCCAACUUGACUUCCGCUCAGAGGUUGUACGAUCGAGUGGGCUUCCAAGCGACUUCUGGACCUGAGCGUUGGCUUGAAAUUGGCUUUGAUAGAGCCGAGGUCGACCUCGGUCACUGGUAGACUCGUAACCGGUCUGGACUACGUCUUUGAGAUGUUAAAUAUUUGAGGUAGUCGGUAAAUUUUAGUAUAUUCUGAUUUGCUCUGCUUGUUCCCAGAUCUUGUCUAGCAUAGCCUUUUUGUCUACCUGUCCA